AUGCAACAUUCUCGUCAUCAUUUAAUCUGUAGCCCACGCCGGUCUGUAACUUCUGUCAUCCUCACUGGUGUCGCGACACAUAUUCGCAGCGUCCAUUCCUCCACCGCCUGCGUUCGCAUCCUUUUCCGCCGCGAAUUAUUGCUUCAACGUUUACGUGAAGGUGCAACCCAAGAACAACGGGCCGACGUGAUACGUACUACCGCCCGCAGUUUGGCCAUUCUCAACAGACUCCCUUGGCAAUAUGGUACUUCGAAUCAAUUGUAA